AUUACACAUGUGAAUUUGAAAGUAUUAAAGAAUAUCCAUUGAAGGAAAUUGUAAAUUUACUUCAGAAAAUGGAGAAAAAGUGUUCUUCGUAUACACUUAUCACAGUAUUGGUGACGACAUUGAUAAUUGUUGCAUUAACAACAACAGUGAGUCGCAUCGUGUUUAGAUAUAGAUGGAAGCUCAGAUACAUGUAUUACGUCGCAAAAGAGAAAUAUCAUGGUCAGGUCUUUGAUAAUGACAUCAUCAGGAAAAGCCCAUAUCGCUUUGAUGCUUUUAUUUCCUAUGCAGAUAAAGACAGCAGUUUUGUCUUUAAUAUCACACGUAAACUAGAGAAUGAAUAUGACUUACGAUUGUGUAUUCAUCAUAGAGAUUUUAUUCCCGGUACAGAAAUAAUGGACAAUAUUACAAAUGCUGUUCACUGUAGCAGAAGAACUGUUUGCAUUAUGACGUCACACUUUCUAGAUUCCUAUUGGUGCAUGUUUGAGUUAAAUAUGGCGAGAAUGGAAGCCAUUUAUUCUCGAAAGGGUAGAAAUGUUUUGUUUCUAAUAAUCUUGGAAAAGAACGCCAUGAAAAAUGUUCCUUUAUUUCUGAUGGACCUAAUUGAGAGUCAAUCCUACCUGGAAUACCCGGAUGAAGAAGCGGAGGAAGAAAUAGCGUUUAGAUCUAGACUUGGGGAAACGUUAAAAUCAAAUGACUGUGAUUUCUAG